GUGUGUCAGGGACGUAGCUAAUCUUUUGCUCCCGGACACAUUUCUCUCCGAAAAAAAUACACCCAUGCGAAGACUCAUGACACUGCAAGAGGGGAUUUAAAAUCAGGUGGUGAUCCCGGAUUCCCUACCAAUCUGAAUCCAAGAGCUGGGGUCCCGCCCAUCCCACCCUCCCCCGCCAGCGGAAGGUUGCCAUGGAGAACUCGUCGGUGGCGUCGGCGUCCUCGGAGGCGGGCAGCACGCGCUCGCAGGAGAUCGAGGAGCUGGAGCGCUUCAUUGACAGCUACGUGCUGGAGUACCAGGUGCAGGGCCUGCUGAGCGACAAGAGCGAGGCGGACGGCGACGGGGAGAAGACGCAGUCGCACGUGUCACAGUGGACUGAGGACUGCAGCGACAAGAUAGACGGGAGCUGGUCGUCUUCGCGGGGGAGGGGCUCUUCCAAGCCGGACGAUUGGGAGCACAGCAGCAACGGCAGCACCGGGUCCCGGCCCAGCUCAGGGUCCAGGCCCGGUUCCGGGUCCAGGUCCGGUAGUCGAGGGAGAAACAGCCAGUUCAGAGGACAAGCGAAGAAUGGAAACAGAGAAGGGUCUUUUGACAUCCUGGGCACAGACAUCUGGGCAGCCAACACGCUGGACUCUCAUGGCGGAGCCACAUGGGACCUGCAGCCCGAGAAGCUGGACUUCACCCAAUUCCACCGCAAGGCCUACCGGGGCACACCAAAGCACCUCCCGCACAUCGACCGAGAGGGGAUGAUGAAAGGCAAAUUCGACGAUGACGACGGCAUCGACCUGAACGACAUGGAGAAGUUCCUGCCCGGCCUGACGGUCUUCCCGCCCCUGUCGAACGAAGCCGAGAUCGCACACACCAAAAAGCUCUUCCGCCGGAGGAGGAACGACCGCCGACACCCUCACCUCUCCCAGGACCAGCUAACCGUGAUGCUGCCCGCCGGGGGGAAACGGCAAGUCACCAGGAGACAGCAGCGGCCGCCCGGGGGAGGAAAGUCCCAGAAUUCUCAGCAGCAGUCGCCACAGCAACAGCAGCAGCAGCAGCAGCCCCAGCAGCAGCCUGCGCCCCAACAGCAGCAGCAGCAGCAAGGGCAGCAGCAGAACGCCGAGCACGCGCCGGGCGGAGGCAAGCACGGGCGCGAGCAUGGCCGGCAGUUCCAGGGACAGGGGCCCCACCCCUCUGGCCGGCAGGGCCCCGCCCACCACGGCUACAGCCAAAACCGCCGCUGGCACCACAACCAGAAGCACCAGGGGGCCAUGGCGGCCUCGCCGGGCACCGCGGGCGAGAAGGGAGCGCCCAGGAACGCCAAAGAGACUGAGAGCGCCAAGGCCGAGGAGACCAGGCCCGACCCCGGCGCCGACAAGGGCUUCGGCGAGGGCCCCGUCCAGAGCCCGUUCGUGGCGGAGCAACGCAGAGACAGCUACCCCGACGGACCCAAAGUCAGCCUGUUGCAGUCGUCCAAGGAGAGGCUGAGGAGGAGGCUAAAGGAGAAGGACGAGGCUCCCGUGGCGACCACCAACCCUCAGCGGAACCGCAUGGACAAGCUGAUGGAGAUCCUGAGCAGCAUGCGGAACAACAGCAGCGAGGUGGACGGCCAGCUGACCACCUUCAUGGAGGAGGCGCAGAACUCCACCAGCUCGGAGGAGAUGCUCUCCGAGAUUGUGCGCACCAUCUACCAGAAGGCCGUCAGCGACCGCAGCUUCGCCUCCACGGCCGCCAAGCUCUGCGACAAGAUGGCCCUCUUCAUGGUGGAGGGCACUAAGUUCCGCUCCCUGCUGCUCAACAUGCUCCAGAAAGACUUCACGAGGAGGGAGGAGCUGCAGCAGUCUGAUGUGGAGCGCUGGCUCGGCUUCAUCACCUUCCUGUGCGAGGUGUUCGGCAUCAUGAGGAGCAGUGCCGGGGAGCCCUUCCGGGUGCUGGUGUGUCCCAUCUACACCUGCCUGAGAGAGGUGAGUGUACCACAUACACCAGUAUACACCCAUAUACUACUGUACCAGUUUACCUCACCUACAGCUAGCCCCUCUACACAUGCACAAAACUCCAUCUACACCUGCCUCAGGGAGGUCAGUGGCCCACAUAUACACUGCCCCAGUAUACUGCUGUGCCAGGUUACGUUAUUGAUAACUACAUGUAUAUACACCUGCACAAAUACCAGGUCUGUCUGUCCCAACAUACACCUGUGUACUACAAUUCCCAACAUGCAAAUACACUGCUCAGAAUCCCUUAAUUUCUAAAAGUGAUCAGCUCACUGACAGCA